AUGUCAAUAGGCAUUCUUAUUGGAUCUAUAAGCAUAGCAGCAGUUGCAACACUGACAGGUUUGGGGCUGCGGGCAUUUCAGAGAUACAAGCUGCUUCCAAGAGGAUCAUCUUUCCAAAAUAUUUAUAAAGGGGGAUUUGAUAAAGAGAUGUCUAUUAAAGAAGCAUUUUUGAUUUUGUCUUUAAAUGAAUCUACACUGUCUAGAUCUAAAUUAAAGGAUGCACACAGGAAAAUUAUGCUUUUGAAUCAUCCGGAUAGAGGAGGAAGCCCAUACAUAGCAAGUAAAGUAAAUCAAGCAAAAGAUCUUCUUGAAAAAGAGAAAAAUCUUCGUUCUUAA